AAACUCAAGCUUUUCAUUCAUUCAUUCCUACGGCUAUAUCCCUUUUUUCAUCAUCACCAUAUAAGAAAGAAGAUUCAAUCCUACCCAUAUUCGAAAUUCUUCUCAGUUUCUGUGAUCAUACUCAUUCAUUAAUGGACGCCGAUUCUUGGUUCAAAUUAAAUCUUCCUUCUUCUACUUCCACACCUUUUUAUUCUCAAUCAGAUCUAUACCAAGAAGAAGAAGUUGAUAGUGAUUAUGAUGAUCAUCAUGAUGAUGAGUUGAGUCAGGACUUCCUUUGCCCGUUCUGUGGCGAAGAUUUUGACUUUUUAAGUUUAUGCUGUCAUUUUGAUGAAGAACAUGCACUUGAAGUCAAGAGAGGGGUUUGUCCAAUCUGUGCCAAGAAAGUUGGAAGGGAUCUACUUCGUCAUGUUACUGAACAGCAUUCAAGUCUUCUUAAGGUCCAGCAGAAUCAGGAAAGGAGAUAUUGCAAGAGUGAAUCCAUUCUUGCUCUUUCUCGAUUGAAGAAACAAAUUCAGGAAGAAUCUUCACACGCAGCUUCACCAUCCAGUGUAGAAUCUGAUCAGUUAUUGUCAUCUUUCUUACGUAAUGUUGUGAUCAAGGAUGAACCUGUUUCCUCGAAUCCUCCUCAAGCUUCAGUUGAUGAAAAAACAGAGAAUGCUACCCCAGUUUUGGAACCCUCCUCCAAUAGGAGUGUAGGGCAAUCAUCUGAUUUGGCUGAUGACAAAAACGAGGAAGAAAGGGUUCGGAAGUCUGAGUUUGUGCGAGGGCUCCUUCUGUCGACCUUCAUGGAUGGUGACGGAUUAUGAACUGUAGAUUCUCAUAGGGAAGACGAUCAUGAACUGUAGAUUCUCAUAGGGAAGAGAUGUUGAAAAUAUGUUUCUUAAAGCUGGCUUCUUUUUUUUCCCUUUUUUUCUUGUAGUCUUCUUUUAUGUAUUAAUUUCACAUAAACUUGACACUAUUAUAUCCAAAUAAUAUGGUUAAUAAUGCUUUCAAUUGAGUUACU